GGAUCAGCUGGAGAUGCUCUCAGCGCUCUUUUCUGUGACCGCUCUCUGCGGCAAGUGACCGAUGCCCAGAUGAAUCGCCACCCUCCAGGAUCCCCCGGUGUGCAAUGGCUUAACCGAAGAGACAUGAGUGUGCGCACGGAUGACAGCUUCACUUUGUGCCAAAGAGCUCUACAGAUGGUUACAGAACUUUGUCUAACUGGAUACGUGGACCGUGAAAGAUGCUCGGAUAUAUUCCCUUUGGAGAGUAAUAUUCUGGGUAAAGGCCACGCAGACAUCUCCAUCAGUCUUCUUGCUGUGGUAGUGGGUUUCUGUGGUCUCGCUCUGUUGGUAGUGUCUCUCUUUGUCUUUUGGAAGCUGUGCUGGCCCAUCUGGAGGAACAAGACUCUGUCCACACAAACUCAAAAUGUCCUUCAUGUGGGUUUCACUGAGGCCCCUCCACCCUCCAACCCUGCUCAUACACCAGACUACAAAGUGGUGGAGAUGGAGAAGAAGGAGGUGAAGGCUAACGGACGCUGCUCUGUCAAACUGCAAGAGGCUGCCAUGAAGAUCAGUCAAACAUCUCCAGAUAUCCCAGCAGACCUGAGGACUGCCCCCCGGGAGAAGGUCAGCCAGCCGAGCAAGAUCCAGAGGCAAACCACCGAGCCCACCUCCUCGUCCAGGCAUAACUCUUUCCGGCGCCACCUACCCCGUCAAAUGAAUGUGUCCAGUGUGGACUUCAGCAUGGACAAAGUGCCAUUACGACAGUCCUCCACAGCCAGCAUCGGCCGGAUCAAACCAGAACUGUACAAGCAGAAAUCCGUGGACUCAGAGGACGAGGGAAAGCCCCCCGUGGAGACCUGUGGAAAACUCAGCUUCUCUCUCAGAUAUGACUACGAGGAGCAGGCUCUGGUAGUGAAGAUAUUGAAGGCUUUGGAUCUGCCUGCUAAAGACUUUACGGGUACAUCUGAUCCAUACGUAAAGAUCUAUCUACUCCCUGAGAGGAAGAAAAAGUAUCAGACCAGAGUCCAUCGCAAAAACCUCAACCCUACCUUUGAUGAGAGCUUCUGCUUCCCCGUGGCAUAUGACGAGCUGUGCAAUCGCAAGCUGCACUUCAGUGUCUACGACUUUGAUCGCUUCACCAGUCAUGACAUGAUCGGCGAGGUCGUGGUGGACAACCUCUUUGAACUUUCUGACCUCUCCCGCGAGGCUGUGGUGUGGAAGGACAUCCACGCAGCAACCACGGAGAGUGUUGACCUGGGAGAGAUCAUGUACUCGUUGUGCUACCUCCCCACAGCGGGCAGGAUGACCCUAACAGUCAUCAAAUGCAGAAACCUCAAAGCCAUGGACAUCACAGGCUCUUCAGAUCCAUACGUGAAGGUGUACCUGAUAUGUGAUGGGAGGAGGUUAAAGAAGCGGAAAACUACCACCAAGAAAAGCACUCUCAACCCAGUGUACAAUGAGGCCAUCAUUUUUGACAUCCCCCCUGAAAAUGUGGAGCAAGUCAGCCUGUCCAUCAUGGUCAUGGAUUACGAUAGGGUUGGGCACAAUGAAGUGAUAGGCGUUUGUCGCACUGGUCCGGAUGCUGAGGGGCUGGGAAGAGACCACUGGAACGAAAUGUUGGCGUAUCCACGUAAACCUAUCACACACUGGCAUGCGCUUGGAGAGUGGCCAGGAAGAGCAGCCAGCUUUGAAAGUCAAGGUUCGUGCCCUUCACCUAAACCACCGCAUACUCCAUGAGAAUCACAUCAAAUCUCAGUCAUCAAAGUUCGAUGUAAUUUCUGUGAGAUCCCAGAGAGCAUGCACAUACAAAAAAUGAUAUAUGUUAAACACUGUACAUAAAACGAACAGUCCAGAAGUCUAUUUUCAGUAAGCCCUUUUAGACAUGUAAUGGUCCUUAAUAACAGAGCACUUUGUCAAGUCAGUGCCUAAUACAUCUGUUCAAAAAUAACAUUAAAAGAAGCACAGGACUGGCAGUACUUAUAACAUGGCAUUUCAACUGUUUUACAUAUUCUGGGUGCAUACUUUUCUAUCCUGAGAGCUCUUUAGCUAGUUCGCAUUUAAACAAAAUGGCACAAGUUAAAGGGCUACUCCACAGCAUUUUAAAACAAUAGCCAUUUUGGUGGAAGUACAGCUAUUGGUUAUGAGCUACUGGUAUUGUGCCUCUGACAAACUGUUUAUUUAGCAUUACAUUUAAUCCUGUUAGUCAGUUAGUGUAGCAAAUAGAUGUAGCAAAUAUGUCAAUACAAGAGGAUUUAUUUGUUUUAGUGCAUAUUGUUAGUAUAAUAGGCAUUAUGAUGCUGUUCACAAAAAUAAGGGAAUGUUUUGGUCUUUUAUUUUGAACAGCACAUUAUAGCUAAAAUACACACUAAAACAUUGUGUAUGGAAACAUGGAGUUACAAUGACAAAUAAGAAAAACUGUAAUAUUAGUGGUAAAAGUGACACAUAAACCUCAAUUAAUUUGAUGUAAUUGUACAUGUGGACAAGUAUAUACUUGUUUUUCUUGCUUGUCUAUGGCUCUGACUCAGAGUAAUAAAACUUUUACUAAUAGUAAGUACUAGUACUAAUAGUAUAAGGCUGUAUACUGUUAUUUUACUACUUGC